AUGAACACCGAAAUGGCAACCACAAACAUAGGCCGCAGGAUGCUGGCCGAAAAACGGCGACACCAACUACUAUCCAACGGCACACGCGGUUUCGCAGCCAUAGACAGCGCAGACGUAACAAUGGACAUCGAGGCGCUUGUGAAACGGACGCACGCGAGACCCACGGGUCCCACCGAAACAGAUUGGUGGUGGAAAAGAAGUCUUAGUCUUGGAGUUGCCUUACAACUUCAACAAAAGCCGACCAAAAAUUUACUUCAUGUUAAAACUGUAAAUACAGUUGUGUCGUUGGAAAGAUGGCCGGAUAUAUUAGAGUAUAUUCAGAAAUAUCCAAUUGUACAGACCCCCUCUCUCUUCUCCAUUGUUUUCGCUGCGAAGACGGAAGCAAGGAAAGAAGGCGGGAAAUGA